AUGGUUUUGUUAGACGAGGCUGAUGAGAUGCUUUCAAGGGGAUUUGAUGUCCAGAUACAUAAAAUUUUGCCUGCCAAAAUUGAAGUAGUAGCACUCUAUCCAACCAUGCCGAAAGAUGUCCUUGAAAUCACGAGGAAUUUCAUGAAUGAGCCGGCGACAUCAAUGAACAUGUGGGAUUUUGGGGUUACCAAUAUAGAAAAAAUAUAUAUUGGAGCUGCUCAAGUUGGCAAUUUGGUAGAAUUGGUUAAAGAUAGGGAUUUAUUGGUCUUAGCCAAUUUGUUGGUUGUUGGGGGUACUAUGGACAUUUCUAUCUGCCAUAAAGGGGAAGUUUUUAUCAAAACAACACAUGUGACCAAUGAGUCUUUUGAGACCACAUGCAAUGAAGUGGAUAGACCUAAUAAAGAAUCUACCAACAAAGUUGGUGAAGGUCUCAAUGCACCUUUAGGUAAAGAAAUAACACUUAUUGAUGGUAGAAAUCAAAUUGUCGGGGUCCAACAAUCAAAUCUAAUAGAAAAUGGCAGCAGAAACACAAAUGAAGCUGAAGAUGAAUUGAAGUUUUCUAGUGAAGAUGAAGAUUUGGAGGAAGAUGAAGUAGAAACUAUUGUGCAUAGUGAUGCUGAAAGUGAUGAGAAUGUUGACUUUUCUAGUGAGGAGGAUGGUUAUGGGAGUGAUAUUCAUGAAGAGCUAAGCAUAGUUAAGAAGGAUUUGAAAGCAUAUUUGAAGAAAAAAAAAAAGCCAAGGAAAAAAUAA